AUGUGUUUGGCUGCCUGUAAGAAGGGGAUUUUAGAGGGUUAUAAACCUAUUUAUGAUGUUGAUGGCUACCAUUUGAAAGGGCCUUAUCCUGGACAGAUCUUGAUGGUUGUUGGGGUGGAUGGGAACAAUGGUUAUUUCCCAGUAGCUUAUGUUGUGAUUGAUAUUGAGAAUUUAGGGAUUACAAAUGGAAGAGCUUGGGUAGUCAUUAAUGACGAACAAAAAAGACUUGUACUUGCCAUUGAGACAAUACUUCCAACUACAAAGCACAAGAUGUGUGUCAGACACCUGUACAAUAACUUUAGGGCAUCACAUAUUGGUCUUGCUCUAAAACAUAGAUCAUGGGCUGCAGCAAGAGCUACAACUGUGCCUUGGUGGGAGGCGGAAAUGGAGAAGAUGAAAAAUGAGGAUGAGAAAGCUUGGAAGUAG